AUGCCAGCUCCGCGGCGCCUUGCAGUCGAUGAUCUCACCCACAACCACAUUGGCACCUUCAAGAAACUGCACCAGGUCAUCUUUCCUCAAGAGUUUGCGCCUUCCUUUUACAAGGACGCUCUCAAUCCGGUCCUGACGCUAUCGAAGCUCGCUUACUUCAACGACAUACCGGUUGGUUGUUUCUCAGUGCGCAUCACACCAGAAAAGAAUGGGCCGCGCUUCUAUAUACAGACACUCGGUGUUCUCGCGCCGUAUCGCCGUUGUGGACUUGGCGAAAAGAUGUUGCGUUAUAUAGAGGAUGCCGUCAGGGAAGCCAAGGGCAAGGACGUAUCGCUGCAUGUCAAGGAAGACAACGAAGAGGCAAGAGCGUGGUAUAAGAAGCUGGGCUAUGGCGACGAAAGACUCGAGGAGAACUACUACAAGAAGCCAGUGACACCAUCAGGCGCCUACUUGCUUCGGAAAGAGAUGCAAGCCCGGUGA